AUGUAUGGUCGCUUCGGCGCGGGGGCGCGGCAAGAUGGCGUCUCGGUGCCCCGGACCUGCCUCAAGCGAACGAGCGGCGGCAAGGUCACGCGCUGCCGCCAUGACGCGGCGCCCAAAACAAUCCCGCCCGCUGCUCACCGCUGCCGCUACAUCGCGUCGCACGCGGCGUCUUCCGUCUCGUCUUGCGUCCCGCUCUCGCAUCCGUUUGGCGACGCGCUGCGCCUAGCCUCUCGAUGGUCUAAUGACUUGAACGCGUACACGAAAAUGACGUCGUUUGCCAACAUGACCGCGUCGCUGGCGGCGAGCCUGCCGACCACCACCGCGUCGGGCGGGUCCUCGGGCCACCCCGCCGACCAGGAGGACCCGCUCGCGAUGACCCACAUCAUCUGCAACCUGCUCGAGAACAUGAACAAGCCCCCCAACCACCAGCCGGCCGCGUCCACCUCGUCCCCCACCACCAUGCCCUACGACAUCUGGGCGCUGCCCUCCUGCAGCGCCCUCCAGAACCCCAUAGGGCCGAUCGGCCGCGACAAUAACUCCUACAGCCACAACAACAACCACCAGAGCCACGCCAAGGAGGACAACUCGAGCGGCUCGCCCGGCACCUCCUCCUCGGUGUCCAUAACGUGCUUCCGCUGCGAGGAGCGCACGCCCACAGUGCGCUGUUUGGAGUGCAACGACCUGUACUGCCACGAGUGCUGCUACAAGCGCUCGUCGGAGUGCCAAAUGAGGGAUCACAUCCUCCUUCCCAUACAUCAAAUAUCUCCAAUCGGCGCCCGACCCAACUCGGUAACCAUCGAGAAAGAGGUCGUCUUCUGCGAACUCCACGGGGACCCCGUGAAGUUCUACUGCGAAGCAUGCGUCAUCUUCAUCUGCCACGAAUGCACUCUGUGGGUCCACAAGGACCAUUGCUUCUCUCCGAUAAAGGGUGCCGCCGACGUGUGUCGUAUCGGCGUCUUCAAGGCCAUCGAAGACACAAAGACCGGCACCAAAGCUAUCAAAAACGCGAUUGACCGGGCGGUUACAUUGAGUAAAGCCUACGAAAAGGAGACAGCCGAGGCAAAUUUAAAGAUAAGGAAGGCAAUGCGCUGCUAUGCGCAAGCCAUAGAAGAUCGUGAAAAAUAUUUGUUGGACAAGGUUGAGAAGAUGCGCCAAGCCAAAAUGAGCGAAUUGAGCGAUCAUAUGAACACGCUCCGGGGCAUCCUAGCCGGAUUAGCACACAUCAACGAGACAUUGGUGCGAAGCAUGGAUUCCGAUGGCUUGGAUUUGUUUAUGGCCAAAGAGAAAGCCAGGGCCCAAGUUGAUUACUUUUCCUGCAUGUUCAAAAACAUGUAUCUCGCCGAGGAAAAGAUUGCCUUCAUUCCGCCCAAUUAUGAUUUGGUCGAUCAAAUAAAGCGGCAAUGUGACGUACAAUCGGCUCCGGUGGCGCCCAUACAUUCUCUGGCGACAUCGACUUCUUCACACCAGUCCCGCCAGCUCUCGAUGCAGUCCCUGCAGUCUAAUAAUCAAACAUUUUCAUCGCUUUCUUAUAUCCCAGCCACUAAUAGCCUAAGAAGUUUACCCGAUUACACAAGUAGUCACGCUAGUAGGUCCACAAGUUAUUAUGACAGCAUAUCUUCCACCAUUGGAAUGGAUUCCAAUAAUAGCCGCGGUGUCGGUCAGGCGAUACCGGGUUUUUGGGUUCCGGUAAUCGUUAAGCCGACCAGAAGCCCAGUGCCCGGCGUACCGAUGUUUUCAUUCGGCAAGGAGGGUCAGGACGAAGGUCAAGUUUCCAGGCCGUGGGGCUUAUGCGUCGACAGAGAAGGCAACAUCAUUGUCGCUGACAGAAGAAACAACCGAAUUCAAAUAUUUAGUGCUCGCGGCGAGUUCAAGACCAUGUUCGGUUCGAAGGGCACCGGGCCGGGCGAAUUCGAUCUGCCGGCUGGCAUUACGACCGACUCCUUCGGCCGCAUCAUCGUCAUAGACAAGGACAACCACCGAGUCCAGAUAUUCACGUCUUCCGGCAACUUCAUUCUCAAGUUCGGCACGUUCGGCAAGGAGUGCGGUCAGUUCCAGUACCCGUGGGACGUCGCCGUCAAUACGGUAUGCAACAUUGUGGUGACCGACACGCGCAACCACCGCAUCCAGCUGUUCACCAGCGACGGCACUUUCAUAACGAAAUUCGUGUUCGAGGCCGCCAACCCCGCAAAGCUACUGAAGGGCCCCACCACGCCCAGAGGCGUGUGCUUCACGACCUCCGGCAACAUCAUCGUCUCCGACUUCGAGAACCAUCGCCUGCUCAUGGUGGACCCGACCAUGUCGAAGGUGCUGCACUGCAUCGGCCGGGAGGGCUCCGGAAUCGGGGAGCUCAACCGGCCCUCGGGGAUCGUGACCGACGACGAGGGGCGCAUCAUCGUCGCCGACUCCAAGAACCACCGAGUUCUGGUGUUCACGUCUGAGCUGCGCAUUCUGUCGGCCGUAGACCUGAAGAGCCCAGGGCUCGACGACAAGGACAGGCCCAGCGAUGUGGCCCUCACCCCCGAAGGCUACCUGGUGGUCCUGUUUGAAACCCUACCAGACACCGCCCGUGACAUCACUUCCCAUGGGAAGCAGUACAUCAAGGUUUAU